AGACACCACCGAAGAAGAAAAUGCAAACGUUAGCUACAUAGCGCUAAGCAGGGAGUCGCCGUGUAUGUUUUUGCUAAGAUUUGCGUAUAAAGCUCGAUUUCCUUUUUCGGGGUUGUUACUUCAGCAUCGACUAAGCGUCAAAGUUUAUUAUCUCUCGUCUGAGUGCAUUUCGAAGCUGCUCCAGUUAGCUUAGCUUGCUAAGUUGCUAAGUUAGCAAGGUGUUGUUGUUAUUAUUGUGGGCGAAAUGUGUAAAGUCCAAAUGCUGAGAGCCUUGGUGAACGAGCGACUAACCGCUGCCGUUGACGAAAUAUUUGUAGCGUUCGAAAGAACGCUAGCAGAGUACGAGGGGGAACUUCGUCGAACGAAAGAUGAAAACGAGCGACAACGUCAGCUGCUGGACGCUGUGAUGUUCAAGCCUCAAAUGGAGUCACAAGGAGUGUUUGUGUUCGUGUGCCCCGCAGAAGUCAGCGAACAAGAUCUUCCUCCUGUGCAGCCGGAGUGGAGCUCCAGGCCUCCCACCAUCAAAGAGGAAGAGCGAGCCGGGAGUCCGGAUGAUGCUGACGUCAGCAAGUUUCCGGUGACCCGUGUGAUUGUGAAUGGUGAAGAAGACGACGAUGAAGCUCGGCGGUCACAGCUUUACCGCAGCGAGGCGAGGAGGAGACCGGCAGCGGGCAGCCCCUUCGCUCCGCUCUCGGAUCGUGACGACGCCGUGUCGCGGCCUCCUGGCGUCGACGAGGAAGACCGUCGAGCUGAUUUGAAAUGCUCUCAAUGCGGCAAAACGUUUGCCAGCAAAAGCCGCCUAAAAAAGCACAAGAAGCAUCACAAUGACAGCAAACAAGUGUUGAAGUGUUCACAAUGUGACAAAACCUUUGGCAGCAAGACUGAUUUGCAAAGACACGUGAGGAUCCACACGGGGGAAAAACCCUUCAGCUGCUCCUUUUGCGACAAAAAGUUCUCCGUCAAGGGAAAUUUGAUUGUGCACACCAGGACGCACACGGGAGAAAAAACCUUUUCCUGCUCGUCGUGCGAGCAAAGCUUCGGCGUCGGUUCGGCGUUGCGGAGGCACAUGAGAACGCACACUGGCGAGAAACCUUUCUCCUGCUCAUUUUGCGGUGAAAGAUUCUCUCAGAAGGGCCACAUGAUGAGACACACCAGGACGCACACUGGCGAGAAACCGUUCAGUUGCAACGUGUGCGAGAAAAAGUUCUCUGAAAAGUACAACAUCAAGAAGCACAAGUGUACUUGUAAGAACACCUCAGUUAGCGGAGGAACUUUUGCGGACAAAAAGGAGAACGAAGAACUACUGGACGCUGUUUUCAAGAAGCCCCAAAUGGAGUCACACAGAGCAGUGACCAUCGGAAGUCCUUCAAGACGUGUUUUCAUUGGUUCCUUUGGUGCGGUGCAUGCCGGGCAAUCCAUCGAUGAAGGAGAUCCACCCCCCGAGGAGCAGGAGUGGAGCUCCAGGGUGGCGCAGGGGGAGCUGCAGCCCGGCCACAUUAAGGAGGAAGAGGAGGAGCGCAGCAUCAGUCAGGAGGAGCAGCAGCUUGAAGGGCCGGAGGAGUUCCCCGUCAUUCGAGUGAUUGUGAAAGGCGAAGACGACGAAGAUGAAGCUCGGCGGUCACAGCUUGAUCGCAGUCCAAGCCAGGAGAAGAAAAGAACAGAAGCGGACAGCCUCUUAGCUCCGCUGUCAGACAGCGAUGACGCCACGUCGCGCUCUCCCGCCACGGAUGAUGACGCUAAAGACUUUAAAGCGGAUACGAGGCGUCACGCUGACAGCAAACACUUCAAAUGCUCCCAAUGCGACAAAACCUUUGACAAGGUGACGCGUUUAAAGUCACACAUGAGAUGUCACAAGGGAGAAGAAAUCUUCAUCUGCCCGUUUUGUGGCAAGAGUUUUGGUGUGCAGGAACAUUUGAUCAGUCACAUGAUGAUCCACACUGGAGAGAAACCUUUCAUUUGUUCAAUCUGCGGGGGAAGUUUUGCCCUGAAAAAUACUUUGAUCAUACACAUGCGAACACACAGCGGCGAGAAACCUUUUACUUGCUCGGUUUGCGGCGAAAGAUUCUCCCAAAAGGUCAAUUUAACAACUCACAUGAGAACGCACACGGGAGAGAAACCCUUUACCUGCUCGGUGUGCGGGGAGAAUUUCUCUCAAAAAGGAAAUUUGAUGAAACACAUGAGAACGCACACAGGUGAGAAACCAUUUCCCUGUUCCAUUUGUGGCGAAAAAUUCUCCCAGAAAGGAAAUUUGAUUAUACACAUGAGAACGCACACCGGUGAGAAACCUUUUCCCUGCUCAGUUUGUGGCAAAACGUUCUCUCUGAAAGGCAGCUUGAUGAAACACACGAGGACACACACGGGGGAGAAACCGUUUUCUUGUUCAAUAUGUGGCGAAAAAUUUGCCCAGAAGGGAAAUUUGAACAUCCACACACGGAAACAUACGGGCGAGAAACCAUUCAGCUGCAGUCUGUGCGAUGAGAAGUUCUUUCAGAAGGUCCAGCUGAACAAACACAAGUGCGCAGGUGAGAAGAGCGUCAGCACGUGAAAUAACUUUAUAACAACAUGGCAGCCUCGUUGCAUCUCCAUUGGCGGAUGUGAUGACAACAUGGAUGGACGUGUCCUUGUACUCUUAUUGUCAUGUUAAACACGUGUAAGCAACACUUUAAAAUCACACAAACACGUCUUCCUUCUUGUAAGCUGGUACUUGUGACCUUCAAUAAAUCACAAGUCUUAAAAGCCCAGUAUUAAAUGUGUGCCCUUUUUGCCUUAAACAGUAAUUGUAGUUAAUUGGCCACAAACCGAUUUUCUGUCAUGCCACUGAACUGUUAAUUAACCUCGGCAUACAUUUGCACAAGUAAGCACAUUUUUACACAACAUGAACA